AAGUGGAACGAAAUAGCGCAGUCCAUAGCUGUGUUUUGAGAACUGGUUGUCACGAACACUGGGUAGCUGAGCUACUGCGACGUGGGACAGUGACACCAUGGAGCAGAGGCAAAGAUUGAACGUGGCCUACGGGGUCAUUUCUGGAGUUGUUAUUUUGUGUGGAAUUAUCUAUGGUGCAUUGACGGGUUCUGUCUCCACCAUCAACUCGUCGUUCCCAGCAUGGGUCUAUUGCUUUGCGUAUAUAACUCCUGGGAUUUGUGGGAUCGUUGCAGCUGCGACCAAAAACACUUGUCUCUACAUCACCCACCUCGUGUUGAGCUUGCUGACCCUUUGCCUGAUGGCCUACGUCAGUUACACUGCUAUUACACUGUUGUCUGUCUUCAGCACCAUCGACCUCUGCCCUGACAGGUACUUUUUAACAUCGGAGCGGGACACAUGUGAAUCAACGUACGGGACGAUCGUGGGCAUUCUGGUCAUCCUCAUCCUGGCCUGGCUGCUCACACUGGCCAAUUGCAUGAUGUCUGGUAUCCUUAGUAACAGACGCCCGGUACGUCACACCUGACUUCACAUGCAUACC